GCUGCUGGACGUGUUUGCUGUGAGCUGCGAGCUGCGUGUGACUUGAAUCGAACAUAAACGCCAAGAGAACGGAGCUCAAGCCAGAAAACUUAGGGAUAGAAGGACAAGAGACAGACAGACAAGCAAGGGGGCCUCACCAAUAUAAAUUGACAUUCCUCGCCCUUGUUAAUGUUGCGACUGUUCCCGACAUUUCCAUAGACGCGUCAAGUGAUUGCCCCGUCGUUUGAGUGCGUGCGAAUAAAAGUAGGUUACGGCGGAAAGAAUCCUGAGGUCGGAUGGUCGGAGGCUCCGGGAAAGCGUUCACAAGUUUUCCGUGUGCAUGUGUGUAGGCCGCGGGGUGUUAAGAAAAUGCAGUGCAAGUGUCACAACGGCGACAAAGGCGAAGUGCAAAUGGCUUGAUAGCGAAUAUCAAAUGAACGAACCAGGACCAGCCCAUUUCCCAAAUUCUUCGAUUCAUACUCUUCAACCGACAAGGAAAAAGUGAUAUUUUUACAACUGUGGCCUGCUUUUGCACAGCACAAAGUUACCCAUACAGACACACACAGCCACACUCACACAGACAGACAGGGGAUAUCCAGCGGAACACACACAAGCACACACGACAACUAUAUAGCAAUAUAUGCCCAUUGAGUGCCUUAUAUCAUUUGAUAAUAAUCCACAAGGUGUCUACUAUGCCGGACAGGAGCUAUCCGGAGUUGUUGAUCUCAGCGUCGACGCCACCAAACGCAUUAAAGGCAUCCACGUCACCGUCAGCGGCUAUGCCAAGAUACGCUGGAUAAAAAAGGGAUAUCCGCGCGACAGCGAGCGAGCCAUGUGCCGUGCUUACCGAUCGUACCUGUCCUCGCGGUCCUACGUCCUCGGAUCCUGCGCGAACAACUCGAGCAUCGACUGGCCGGCCGGCGAGUACUCGUACACGUUCCACGUCGUUCUGCCCGACAAUCUGCCCACGUCAUUCGACGGCAAGUACGGCCAGAUUCACUACGAGAUCAUCACGACCAUCGAGCGGGCCGGUCGCUACCCGAAGGUCUUUAAGCUGCCAUUUACCGUGAUACAACCGUUGGACCUGAACGCCGAUGCUAUUUACAGGGUGCCCCUGGAGAUCCUCGAUCGGAAGCGCUUCUGGAGCUUUUGCUGUCCCACGGGUCCGCUGACGGUAAAGUUCUCCACGCCGUACUGCGGAUAUGCGCCCGGCCAGAAGAUCCACUUCGUGCUGUACAUCAACAACGAAUCCUCGAUUGACAUCACCGAGUGCGAAGUCAAGUUAAAGCAGGAGGUGAGCUACGAGUCGCACGACCCGCAGCACGAGUACCGCUACGACAAACACCUUAUCGCCCGGAAGCAGUUCGGAAACGUUUUGCGAUGGUCGCGGAAGGUGUACCGGGGCUAUCUGGACCUGCCCUCGAUACCGCCCACUUCGGUGAAGCCCACAUGCCCCAUUAGCGUUAACUAUUCGAUUAAGAUCAUCGUGAACCCCACGGAGUUCCACUGGAAGCUGAAGCUGAAAAUUCCGCUGACCAUCGGCAGUAUUCCGAUCAUGGAUGGUCCGGAGGCCCUGCUGCGGUUCAAUCGCCAGCAGCAACAGCACCAAGUAGUUAGUCAAAAUUUACAAAUGUCCACGCAACAGCGGCAGAACCAAAGGGAUCGUUACCGCGAUAUUAAUAGAGAUCUGGACCCGGAUCGAGAUAGAGAUCAGGAUCGGAUUAGGGAUCGGGAUCGGGAAAGUGCCUCAGUUCAGCAGCGACGUAUCAGCAGUAUCAACAACAACAAUCAUGGACGCUUUGUGGGUGGACUACUGCCGACCAAUAGCAAUAUGAAUAUGAUAGUAAAUGCAAGUCCCACGCUCUCGAGCUCCACGCCAUCGUCAACGCCAACAACUGCCGCUCUCAGGCCCACGGCCAUGCCAGCGAUAUUGGUGACCAGCGAUAGCGAUAAUCCCCCGGACUAUAUUCCCAUGAUGCCGCCCUCGUAUGAAGAUGCCAUGGCUCUGAGUGAGAAAUUCAGCGAUGAUACUGAGUUCUUGACCAACGUUAGCAUGAGCAGUAUUUUGUCCGCUCAGGCUGAUGUUACCACAAGUGAGCCCUUUAAGCCGCGUUAUCCAGUCUAUUACGAUUAUGAGACACCGACCAUACCGCCCGAGACGCUUUACGAUGAGUCCAGUUUCCAAUUGCGACUCGCACUCAGCUGUCAGGACUCGGCGCCAGCGGAAGCGGAAGUGGAUGAGGAGGUGACCACGAACGCGCCUGCAGGAGAGUCUUUCGCCUGCGAGAAGAAAUGAGACGGCCUGGGAUCAAACGAUUUGGGAAAAGCUGCAUCAAAUGUUAACCAAUAAGUAAACUGCAAAAACACUGACAUAUUUACUCGAAAUCAAAAUAUUAUAAACAAAAUAAUUCAAACGCUAAUGUAAUAGUAUAGUAGUUAUUAAGUCUGAGCCGUAAAUGAAAAUUGGAUAUAGCAAAACAAACACAUUUUUACAAAGCCAAACAGAAUGGUAUAUAUUUUGCAGAAUAAUAUGUACUUAUUUUAAAAUGUAUUUAGUUUGCUCGAAAAAGAUUUCAUUUUUUUAUCCUGCAUAUAUUCUAUUAACCCUCUUCUUAAUCUUAACUCUUCCCUUUUCUGUGUCUUAUUUCAAUAUUAACCUUGAACUAUCUUUUAUAUUUUUGAAAAAUAAUACAAAAUGUAAACAAAUAUAGGGCCGUACCACAGUGAUCACUGGCAACAUAUACACAAGAAACGUAGUGAAAAGUUAAAUGAAAUCCUUUAGCCCUAAGAUUAGAUAAACCCGAACAAAAUCUGCACAAUUUUAUCUAAAGGAGACUCAAAACUCAUUUUCAAUAUUGAAUAUUGUAUUUAUUAAGUAUCUAUGAGAAAUUUACAAGCAAAGAUUAGCCAAAUUGAACUUAGCUUAUAUUAUUUUACACGACACUUCACACAAAAGUAUAAAUUGUAGUUGGAACAAGUCAUCAGAACAACUUAACCAUUGGGUGUCUAAUAGAUAUAUUUUGUAACUAUAAAAGGUGUCUUUUGCUCUAGUUUACAUACAAGCGUUUGCCUUUGAUUGUGUAAACCCUCUUACUAAAUACUUUGUACUUCCUCUGAUUUUAAAGCCAGUCUAAUCAGCAAUCACAUAAGUCUAUUACUAAGUCUUUACUGUCUUCAAUUCGAUUCAAUCCGAUUUAAUAAAGCUAAACAAGCAAAAUA